GUCCUUGUCCCUUCCAUCCAUGGCCAUCAUGAACCCCUGCAACCAAACCUCUGGAAACAGCACCCUUCUGAGUUCUCCGACAUCCAGCGUGGCGGGGAUCGUCUUCCUACUCUUGGCUGCCCUGAUAGGGCUCCCCGGGAACUUCUUUGUCAUCUGGAGCAUUCUUUGGAAGAUGAAGCCAAGCCACCGCUCGGUCACCUGCAUACUGGUGCUUAAUUUGGCAAUGGCUGACGGGGUGGUGUUGCUCCUCACGCCCUUCUUCAUCGUCUUCCUAAUCUUCAAGAACUGGUUAUUCGGUGUGGCCAUUUGCAAAGGCGUAUACUACCUUUGCUGCGUCAACAUGUUCGCUAGCAUCUUCAUCAUCACCCUCAUGAGCGUGGACCGGUGCCUCGCCGUUAACCAGCCCUACUUCUCUCAAGCCAUUCGCAAAAAGAACUUGGUCAUCAAGAUCCUGUCAGGCAUCUGGCUGGCAGCCAUUUUGUUAUCCAUCCCGGCUUUCCUUUUCCGCCAAGUGUUGAAGGAUCCCUUUCUGGGGCAUCAGAUCUGUGAACCCUGCCAUGCCAGGCCAGGCCUGGCCAUCUUCCAUUUCACCUUAGAAACGGUGGUGGCCUUUGUGAUCCCCUUCACCAUCAUCGUAGGGUGUUAUUCCGCCAUCUUAAUACGCCUCAGAGGAGUGAGGAGAAGACAAGGGGCUCGGACCGAGAAGCUCAUCGUGGCCAUAGUGGUCUGUUUCGUUGGCCUUUGGGUGCCCUAUCACAUUGUCAACAUGAUCCAGGUGGCGUCGAACAUGGCGUCAGGAAGGGCCGCCGAAC